AUGCCAAUAAAAAACAACGAAUUCAACAGCAACAUAAAACGCAGCCCGCCUGUGUCGACCCUGACCGGGGAAGUUCCGGAUACGUCCGACGCACCCCCGGCGGCUGUUGACACAGGACCAUUGGAGCACCAGCAGGGAAGUACCUUUAACAUCCCCAUUAGCAUUCGAUUUACGCAUUCACCAUCCAUCUCAAGCCAACCAGACAGAAAUCCAGAGAAUCCACCAACACAGCAAUCCCAAACGACAGGAACCACGACCGCCUCCAACGCCCCGCAUCUUGCCGGGCCCCAGAGUAGGCGAUCUCCCCGCCUGAUCCCAAAAAUGACACCAGUAUCAGGAAAACUAAGCAAACAGCUCCACUGCAACGAGAACCGGUUCAGGUCUCCCGAUAUCCCCGCACCUGGCGGACCACCGGGAAGAACUCUCAGCCGGGAAACUCCUACUCAACAACAGCAACGAGUACGACGAGACCUCAGCCCGGUUCCCGGUUGCUCUUGGCAUCCGGUACGUUUUAGACCAUCCAGGAAACCAGUAGUCACCAAUCGUGACACCCACUUCCCCGCGCCGGCCCUGACCGGGGACGUUCCGCCUUACAGCGAUGCUCCCUUGGCGGCUGCUGGUGCGGGAGGCCCGGGCACAUCCCGGGUAAGUCCAUAUCAACAUUCCAACCGACAAGAACAAUUCAGCGCCACAAACUCUUCAAGGAACGAUCGAACCGCCGACGUUUGGUUGACCACACGCUUCAGAAAACGAUACCAAAACCUACCCGCAACGAAACGCACAAAAACCACCGACACAACGCCUGCGGACCCCUUGCUCUACCUCCCGCGGUCAUUGGAAGGGACGUACGCCAGGCCACCCAUCAACAACUGCAACAAAAAUUACCCCCUCAACACAAACAAAGCGCACGAAGCCGAUAGCUUCCUGUCAAGGGAGAAAGCCUCUUCCCCUGCACCAGCCCUGUCCGCGGAUGUACCGGCCCUCACCGACGAGCCUUCGGCGGCUGCUGGUGCAGGGGGCCCGGAUCACCACCGGGUAAGUCUAACCACACCCUACUCCCACCAAGACCAGUCGUACGGCUCCGAAUCAUUUCCAGGUAGCCCACCGCGCAGUCCCAACAGCGUCUCAAUGACCAACAGCACCGGCUCAGAAUAUUCCACGCUAGCCGUCCAGUGGAACAUCAACGGCCUAAGGAACAACCUAGGGGACCUACAGAACAUUAUCGCCGGCACCGAACCACUUUGCCUCGCCAUUCAGGAAACCCACUUGCACACCGGCGUUGACCCCACCCCAUGGUUCGGAAACAGAUACGAUUGGGAGACAGCCAGAGGAAACAACAACCACCAAACCAUCGGAUUGGGCAUCAAAGUGGAACUCCUGUCGGUGCACCUCCCCCUCAACACGGAACUAAUAGCGGUCGCCAGGAGGAUAUCAACCCCCAUCCGCUGCUCUAUUGUAUCCAUCUACCUACCACAAGGGGUUACCAACAUACGAAGCCAACUAACCAGCCUGAUCAACCAGGGCUCGGGCAAGUGCUGCCACCGAGGUAACGAGAUCGUCAAACUCAUCGAGGAAAUCGACGCCGUGAUACUAAACGACGGUAGUACCACGUUCAUCCGUGGUAACGCCUCCUCCGCCCUCGACGUCACCUUCGCCUCCAGUUCCAUCGCUGGGAUAUGCGGCUGGUCCACGUCCAACGAUACCGCCGGGAGUGACCACUUCCCCAUCGUGCUACGCAUAAAUCGCCUCCAACUUAAAACCACCCGACGAAGACGUUGGCUAUAUGAAAACGCCGACUGGGAUGCCUACGACGCUGCCAUACAGUCCCACCUUGUUCGAGACCGUACGUACUCACUGGUCGACCUAUCAGAAACUAUCGUCAACGCAGCGAAAGAAAACAUCCCCCGAACAAGCGGGGUACCACCACACCGUGCCGUGCACUGGUGGAAUCCGGAAGUGGCCGCUGCCGUCAAAGCACGCCGGAAAGCUCUCCGCACCUUACAAAAAACGCCGCCCAAUCACCCCCUUCGGGACCAAAGAGCGGACAACUUUAGAACGCUCCGAAACGCUGCGAGGAAAACAAUCCAAACGGCUAAAGAAACCAGCUGGAGGAACUUCGUGGACGGUAUCCACACGGACUCCUCAACCACGGAGCUGUGGAGACGGGUCAACGCGCUCAGUGGCAAACGUCGACAAAAUGGCUACUCUUUAGCGGUCAACAACACCAUCAUUACUGACCCAGAGGAAAUCGCGAACAAGAUAGGCUGCCACUUCGAAACGUUAUCCGCCGACAAAGCCCUGCCAGCCGCAUUCGCUCAGAAAAAAAGCAGACUCGAAGCCUCCCCUACGACCUUCACGCCAGACUCCGCAGCCACCUACAACAGACCCUUUACCGGAGCGGAACUUGCCGUCGCUCUCACUAACGCACGAGGAAAGUCCGACGGCCCUGACAGGAUUGGUUACCCGAUGCUUAGGCAUCUUCCGCCUGGAGGCAAAAGAGCCCUCCUAGACUCUUUUAACACUAUCUGGGAACGCGGGUCCUUCCCAGAGGAAUGGAAACUGGCCCACGUAGUCCCCAUUCCUAAAAAAUGCCAGGGUACCCGUGCCCCCAGCGACUUCAGGCCAAUCAGCCUGCUGUCAUGCACCGCUAAGACACUGGAGAGGAUGGUAAACCGGCGACUGACUACGUGGCUGGAAGACGAGAAACUACUCGACCCACGCCAAUUCGCUUUCCGGAAGGGACUCGGCACCGGGGCCCACCUGGGCUCGCUCGGCGAGGUACUAGACAGAGCAAGGUCCGAAGGCAUCCACGCCGAUAUUGCCAUACUCGACAUAGCAAAAGCUUACAACACAGUCUGGCGCGAAGGCGUCCUUCAACAACUCCAACGAUGGGGCAUACAGGGGAACCUAGGUGUCUUCAUCCAAAAUUUCCUAACCAACCGCCGCUUUCGGGUAUGCAUAGGCGGCACACUCUCCGACGAAUUCCGCGAGGCCAACGGAGUGCCACAAGGAUCGAUACUAGCCGUGACCCUCUUCUUAGUGAGGAUGAAUUCGCUCUUCACCGCGCUACCCGGGGGCGUCUAUGUCUUCGUGUACGCGGACGACAUCAUUUUGGUAGCUCUCGGGAAGACGAUCCCGCGCACAAGAAUAUCGCUGCAGGCCGCCGUCAACGCAGUCGGCCGAUGGGCACUCGCCACCGGAUUCAACAUCGCCGCCACCAAGUGCGCCAUUACACACUGCUGCAGCACAUAUCACCCAGCCAACGCUCGUCCAAUCCGCCUCAACGGUACAGUAAUUCCGUUCCGAAAGGAACCGGUCGUCCUCGGGAUCACCCUCGACCGGAAACUGACAAUGAUACCUCACUUCCGGCGACUGAAAAAAGACUGCCAGAGCAGAAAGCGACUAGUCCGGACCAUUUGCGCCCACCACCCCAAAAACAACCGCCGAGCAGCGCUUAACGUCGUGCGAUCUCUUAUCCACAGCAGAAACUUCUACGGGAUCGAGAUGACUUGCCGGAACCUAGACGGACUCUCCGACAUCCUCGGGCCCUUAUACCACGGAGCGGUGCGGCUAGCCUCCGGUCUACUACCGAGUACCCCGGCCGAAGCUGCCUGUGUAGAGGCAGGAGUUCUACCCUGCCGCUGGGAAACAGCCAGGGUGGCCUUCAGAAGAGCACUAAGCUUCCUGGAGAAAACUUCGGGCGACGAGUGCCCCCUUCUCACCACCGCCUCCAACCUGCACCAGGAGUUUACCAGCAACGACCUCCCACCCAUCGCUCGUCUACACCGGGUGAGACCGCGGGCCUGGUACGACCCCGGACCCAACACCGACGACAGCCUUGCUCGCACUAUAAAAGUUGGCGAUCACCCCAGCAGCAUACUAGUUAAAUAUAGACAGCUAAUUAACCGUAGAUAUUCACAUCACACUAAAAUCUUCACCGACGGUUCCAAAGCGAACGACGGUGUAGGAGCGGGGAUCAGCGGCUUGGGGAAAGGGCUCUCCUUCCGCCUACCUCCCUCCUGCUCAGUUUUCUCAGCGGAAGCGGCCGCCAUCGCAGUGGGAAUGAUAAAAAGACCCACCGAUACACCGACGGUCAUCUUGACAGACUCGCUCUCGGUCCUGAGGGACGUCGCUAGCGGGACCUCCAAACAUCCCUUCGUUCAGGCCAUCGAGACACUUCGAGACCCAUUGGUUACAAUCUGCUGGGUUCCGGGUCACAGCGGCAUCAAGGGUAACACAGACGCCGACCGAUUAGCCCUCAUCGGCAGACGGGCCCGGACCCGGCUCCCUAAUGAGACUCCAACCAUAGACAUCAUCAGGGAAUUCAACAUCAGCUUGCAGAACGGAUUCACCAACCACUGGCGGAGUUCUCGAAAUCACACCCAAAAAAUCAAAGGGUCAGCCGACACCUGGACCGACCGAGACAGCCAGAGGGAACAAAAAAUACUCUCCCGACUCCGCGUGGGGCACACACGAGUAACCCACGCACACACCGUGUCCAGCGAGCCCGUCCCAGAAUGUGCCUCCUGCAACACCCGGCUCACCGUCGAACACCUGCUGUGCAACUGCCGAGAACUGGAGGACCUACGGCGUCAGUACGGCCUGACUGGUUCGAUACGGGACACCCUAUCCAACGACCCGGUUCGGGAGGAGGCACUCCUCCUCUUUCUAAAGGACGCCGGCCUAUACGACAGCAUCUAA